UUUUUUUUUUAGAAAGUCUUUUUUAUCUGUAUUGGUUCAUUUGCAACUUCCUAAUAAGUCAUGUCAUGUAAAGUUUUUUUGAUAUAGAUCUCGGAAAUCAUUGAUUUUCAUCACAUUCAGAGAUCAGUAUGAAAUAUUAUCUGUCAUGAUUUAUUGCAAUAGAUAUUUACAACCAAAGGAUUGAUAUUUCAGCCAUUUUGGGUCCUUUAAAGGGAAAAUAAACUAAUAUUAAAUCAUUUCCUAAUUCUCAGGAGACUACACAGCUUUUUCUUUUAACUGUAAAAUUUCCCAAUUUCGGCAUUUUCAUGACGCAAAAUUUCCCAAAAUGUCCAGGGUCUUUUUCCCAAAAUGGCCAGAGAAAGCCCUGGAUUAUUUAGAUAAUAACAGUGAGCUAAAAGGCUGUACUGUACCUUAUUUUUAACACAAUCGCAUUAAUUAUUCUAACAUAUCAUGUAGAAAAGUAAGGAGAGAUUCUUUUUCCUCUGAUAUGAAGACACAUGACACAUGAUAAUCAGAACGUAUACAAAGAAACAUACAGUCUUAUAGAACAAAACUUUACGUAAAUGUUAUACAACAAACAUAUAAAUCAGGUAAGAAGGAUAACUAUAAAUAUAAUGAAUAAUACUGUAUUAUAACAAUGCAUCUACACAUAUACUGAAAAAAAGUGAAUGAAGCAUAGUUUUAUAAUUUCAUUUACCUUAUCUGCUGAUACUACUACUUGUAUAUAUUAUAGGCUGUAGGCCUGCAUGGGAGUCGAACCUCCUACCCAUAGAUUGAUAGUCAAGUGCGGUACAACUAGACCACGGAUCAGCAUCAAUUUAAUCAUUCUCGUUCACCUGAGUGAUGAUGCUAUGGGUUCCAUAGAUUGGAUUUAUCACGAUAGGGUUAUUGAAUACAGUCUAAUGGCAAAACAAUGGCCUCUUAUCGGGAUUCGUUGAGGGAAGAGGAGGUCCAGAACUGGAUAAAGGCCGCCCUCGCCCUCAACAUCACCAAGGAGGGUUUACAAAUUUUUGUGGAGGAGGUGCUGACAUGCGUUCACCAGGACAUCUAUAACAACGUUAGAACAUCCAAGGGUCUUCCAGGCGGGGCAACAUGUGUACAAUGUUUCACCGAGAACGUGUUGAAGUGCUCCACUCCUAAGAUAUGCACAAGUAAAAAAAACUGCAAAUUUCAUUACGGCCCUUUAAAACAGUAUGUUCCUUGUCCAAAUGGGAUUUGUGAAGGCGUCCGUGAUGAAAUAGUUCAACAUCACAGGUUUUCGGGACCAUCAUGGAAGAACACGAACGCAGACAAAUGGAGCACCAUUCCCUGGGAGAUAGCCAAGUGUUUCCUUCCUCCUGAUGGCUACAAAACCGUGUCCUCCAUCAAAGACAGUGACUUCAACGGCGUGAUCAGCGUCAUGAUGAAUUGCGAGGAUUUCCAGAACAAGCUGUCGUUUAUCGUUGCAACACAGUCAAAUUUGUUAACAGAGGUUCGGGACAUUGGUCGACGCAUACGCCAUUCCCAUGACCAGAGGGUCAAGGACACAGAACUAGUGGGCUUCCUGGGCAAGCUACGCACCCUGCUGGAGGAUAAGACUGAACUAGCAAACCGACCUGAGGCUCUACACGCUGUGGAACAGCUUAAGAAGCUGGAAACAGACGAUUUCAAGAUCAGUGCUGAGAACGAAGGGGAGAUAUUGAAGGAAGGAUUACGACUACGUUUGGCAAACCAUUACCGAACCACGUUGGCCGACAUGCCGAUAUCUCCCAUUCUCGGAGAAAAGAACGCCAAACUCAGGAAAUUCUACGUGGCACCGAAAAUUGUGGAGAAAGAUCAUCGAAAAAUUGACAACCAAGAAAGCGGUCAAAAAAUUGCAAAAUUUUCAGAUGUUUUCAUAAAAGAAGAUCAGUUUCUCAGAAAUGUUUUCCUUGUUGGAGAACCGGGCAAUGGCAAAUCUACAUUCUCCGUAAUGUGUGCCCUGGAUUGGACUCACCAAUAUUUACCAGCGGAGGAAAACGUCGGUAUUAAAACAAGCUUUGCCGACCCAGAAUUCUUCAAAGAGUUUGCAUUUUUGUUCCAUGUCACCCUACGAGAUGCAGGUAAAACGUGUGGUCUAGCACAAAUGAUCAAGGAUCAACUUAUACGUAAAAUCUACCACGAGAAGGAUGCCGAUGAUGGUUACCGGCUAUUACAGACGGUGCUGGAAAGUGAAACAUGUUUAAUCAUAGCUGACGGCCUCGACGAAUGGACCCAUCCGGAAAACUUAAACUGUACCUGCAACACUGAGGAAAGAGUCAUCCCUUUCCGAAAUUCGGCCAACAAGGCCACACUCCUCACGACAACACGUCCCUGGCGAAUGUCACAGUUUAGAGUGCAGGAUUCAAAGAUCGACAAAUAUCUUGAAAUAGAAGGAGCAGCAGACACAAAGCAACUCGUGGAAAAUAUCAUCAACAUUCUUAAUGGGGGAAAUGAGGAUGAACGGACACCAGAGGCUUUCAUGGAAAUGGUGUCAGAGAAGGGUCUUGAAGGAUUAUUGUCAGCACCUAUCAGUAUCACCCAGCUCGUGUGCCUGUGGUUCGAGGGCAAAUCGUUAACCGAUUCAAAAUGUGAUAUUUAUGCUGGCGUGAUAAACAUGCUAUCAUGUAGACUUAGUUAUAUGCAAAGCGGGAUUAAAAUUCCGAAAAUUGAACUGCCAUCUGUAUUAAAGAAACAUAAAUGCUUCACGCAAAAUCCCAUGGUUUACCUUGCGCUGGCAAAGUUAGCAUACACAACUUUGUUUUCAGAGUGCAGAGAUUCGUCUGUUGUCUUCAGCAACACAACAGUCAACGCUUUGUUAAUAGGGGAGCAGGUUGAAUUUGCAUUGAAGUCAGGCUUACUCACAGAGAAGAAAUCCAACUCAUUAAUGGAGGAAUCAUCUCACUUUUCAUUCUUUCAUAAAACACUUCAAGAGUUUUUAGCGGCUCUUCAUUUAUGUUUAAAUGAAAACGACUACAGUCAGCUAUCAAGCAAGUACGAACAAGAUAAUAAGGAAAAUAUCUUGGGAGAUGUUUCUCAGACAUUUAUUUUCAUAUGUGGAAUGAAGCCCGAGCUCGGUGUGCAAAUGUCUUCAUGGAUCAAUAGUUCUAGACCAGACGUGUCUUCAUGGAUCAAUAGUUCUAUACCACCAUACCAACCAUCAAUCUACAAUAGAGAGGCUACACUACUUCAGGACCUGAUUCUCUCCGGGAACCGUGAAGCCAGGGCGAACAACUAUGGUGACAUACCGCUCUAUCUCGCACACUUCUAUAUUCAUAGUGACGUGGAUGUCGUAGUGUUAAAAAAGCUGAUGAUGAUAAACAAGGAACGUAUUCAGUCACUAAACAUCAAUGAAUGCAAUGAUCAAAUUAAUGGGGAAGAGGUGCAGGAGGUGAUCACAUCCAACUCCGACUCCCUCAAAGCAGUGUCACUGUGGGAGCGUGAUGGGCAGUAUGACCUGUCCCAGUGUCACAGGCUGGAAUAUCUGCAUAUAGAGGAAGACAAUACAACACGUGUGCAGGUUGAUCCAACACAUAUUACAAGAUGUGACUUACAUAGAGUAUCAUCGAAUGUUGAAAUGUACAUAUUUAGAUUAUUUAAACACGAUCAAAGGUGGAGUAAACUACAACGUGUUAUGUUAAAUAGCGUUAAGAAUGUCCAGUUACUUGUGAAUACACUACCAAGUCUCCCUCCGUUACAAAGCCUUUACAUAGGGGAUACAGAUCUAGGUGAGCUCCACCUCCUCCCUCCAGCCUCCAUCACCGAUAUUACACUAUGGAGUGUGACAAUGACAGCGGAGGCGGUGCGGAGUCUGAUAGAGACGAUGAAGAACAUACCACACACCAUUACAUGCAACAUGGGGUACUGCCCGGUGAAACCUGCCAGUGAGAGGAAAGACAUCCGAGAACAUAUGAACAGUUCGCCGUCAUUCGAGGUUCUCGUAUUUCACAAUACGGGUGUAGGGCUUCAUUUCAAAUUCACCAAAAUGUGAACAAUAACUUAAGUGUUAGCAUCGAUGAUGGGAAUUCAUAUUUGAUGAAAAACAGUGAAACAAUCAAUGGGGAAGUGUCAUUCUAUUUAUAGAAAUAUAUGUUACUUUUCCAGGAACUAAUUAUUAUCAACCACUUUCUAUGUGUAUUCAGUUAAUUUGAUUUAUGUUGUGUAUUUACAUGCAUCCAAAAAUAGAUUUAUCUUGACAGAUGACACAGCAAUGUUGUUGUGGCUGGUGUUGUUAAAUAUAUCGAACGCGGGUGAAAACUUUCUUUUUUUAUUAUAACACAACAUUCCGUAAUCAACACGUGCAAUAAUCGGUUAAUUAAUCUUGAUCGACUUUUUUUUUAAAGAAUCUCUUAAUAAAGCAACUAAUUUCCUAGUUUAAUGUGAUAUCAUUUGAUAAAUGUUAGGUAUUUACUUCGCUUAUGGAUUAUGAAUUAAUGGGGAAUAUUUAGUUUUUUCUUUAUUUACAAUGGCAUCCUUGCUCAGCUGUAUUUUAUAUUCUGUAUUAGAGGAGUAUACCAAUAACACGUUGACUUUUUAUGUUUAUAAUCGAUUACAUAAAUUUCAUAUUAUUAUGAAAUCUACAAAAUGAUAUUAUGUAUCAACAAAUACUACACAAGAAAUAACCAAACAUUGAGUAGAUUUAGUUACCUAAAUAAUAGAAUAUAUAAUUGCCUAUUAUUUAACAUAUCGCACAAUUUGAUUAUAAUUGAAGAAUAUAUGAUUAAACGUUGAAAAUAU